UGGAUGUUGAAACAUGUCACGAGGAAAAAAAAAAAAAAAUUGAAUCCUUUCACCAUGAAAAUUGUACGUGUAGGAAUUUUGACUAUGAAAAGUGUUGGUGUUUUUUUUUUUUUGUUUUGUUUUUUGGUUUGUUUUUUUUCCACACAGAUCGGUCGACGUGCUGUCGUGUGUGGAGUGUUAAUGGGGUGAACGUGAGUAUCGUGUGACGUUAAUUCCCCCGUUUAGACAACCGCCCCCCCCCCCCACCACCACCACCCCGGGGCAGCGCUUAAUUAGUCUCGAUGUGACACCGCCUUUUGGAAUAUUCACGAACGAACCGCCUCCAAUUAAGAAGGUCCUACGACCAGGUUAUAAAAAGCUACAGUGUAGUUGGUGACUUUGUUGUUGUUGUCUCCUAACUGCUUUUAAAUGUGUUCAUUGGUCCAGCUUUCAGGCAGACAAAUCCACUGAGUCCUUCCCCCCCUCCCUGGCUGUUACUAUGGUAACCGGCUCGUAGAGCAAGAAGAUGUGUCAAGUUGAGUGCGUUGAGAGCGAUGACGGGAAAGGCAGCGCCAUCACCUUCAGAGUAAAAGACAAGCGGCUCCAGUAAAGCACAAGUGGAUGUGACGUAGUGUACCCUAUCCUCUUCGUUUGACACGUGCGAUGGAAAAGUACGAGAAGAUGGGCAAGAUCGGGGAGGGUUCGUACGGGGUGGUCUUCAAGUGUCGCAACAGAGACUCGGGACAGGUCGUGGCCAUCAAGAAGUUCGUGGAGUCCGAGGACGACCCCACCAUCAGGAAGAUCGCGCUCAGGGAGAUCAGGAUGCUCAAGCAACUGAAACAUGGCAACCUGGUGAAUCUCAUCGAAGUGUUUCGCCGCAAGAGGAAACUUCACCUGGUCUUCGAGUACUGCGACCAUACGGUGCUCCACGAGCUGGACCGACACCCGCGAGGCGUUCCUGAGCAUUUGGUGAAGAGCAUCACGUGGCAGACGCUUCAGGCUGUCAACUUUUGCCACAAACACAACUGUAUCCACAGAGACGUGAAGCCCGAAAACAUUCUCAUCACCAAACAGCACGUCAUCAAACUCUGCGACUUCGGCUUCGCCAGGAUUCUCACGGGGCCGUGCGACUACUACACGGACUACGUGGCGACGCGCUGGUACCGCGCCCCCGAGCUGCUGGUGGGAGACACGCAGUACGGCGCCCCCGUGGACGUUUGGGCCGUCGGCUGCGUCUUCGCCGAGCUCCUCUCCGGCGCCCCCCUGUGGCCCGGCAAGUCCGACAUGGACCAGCUCUACCUGAUCCGCAAGACCCUCGGUCAGCUGUGCUGCAGAGAUCUGAUCUGUCGCCACCAGCAAGUUUUCAGCACCAAUCAGUUCUUCCACGGCCUCGCCAUUCCUGAACCUCAAGAGAUGGAACCUUUGGAGGUGAAAUAUCCAAACCUCUCCCACCAGGCCCUCAGUCUCAUGAAGGCUUGCCUUCACAUGAAUCCGAGCGAGCGUCUUCCGUGCGAGCGGCUGCUGCAGCAUCCUUACUUUGACAGCCUGAGACACAAGAACCACCAGGCCAACGCUAAACAGGCCGGCGUGGUGCACGAUCGCCACGGCAACAGGAGGACCCGCCCGCCGCGCAAACACCUCCCAGCCGGGUGUUUGCCUCAGCUGACGGGCAGCAGCAUCUUCCCGGUUCUGGACACCAAGAAGUACUACCACAACCUCAGCAAGUUCAACUACCACCUGCCCAACAUCUAAAAACUGCAAACAUCGACUGGCGCACCGGCGAGACUCAGGAAGUGACGCGUGUGCCGGAGCUUAGUGACCGACGCUUGUCGGUGUCUUGUCAUCGUCGUCUGAUUAUUAUUAUUUUAAAGCAACGGCUAGCUUAGAUGAUGGAGGACAAGGAGCAACGUGACGUCACGCCACAGCGCGCUCCGCUCGCAGAUGACAGGGAAGAUUUUGCCAAAUCUUCUGAGCCGCACAUCAAGUAGGACAUUUUAAAUUUCCCCCCCAACACACACACACACACACACACACACACAAUGAUAUUUAUUGACUUCAGCACGACAACGUUGAUAAGAAGUCGUGACGAUUGGUGCUACGGACGUUCACAGCCAUCUAGUUGUAGGAAUGCCAAAUGAAUCAUCAGAAUUUGAGUGGCGCGUUUAAUGUCGGCUCUGAAUUUGGAUCAGAUAUUGCAGUACUGCAAGGAACCUGUGCCAGAGGGGCAACGUUGAGAUCGGAAAUUGUUCCCCUAACACGGUGGUACAAGUUCAAAACAUUUAGUGACCACGCUCGUAACUCAGGACACUCAAAUGAUCUUUUCUCAUUGAAGUGGAUGAAAAUGCCAUUAAUCCGUUCCAUCCUUUCAUCCUCCCCCCCCCCAAAAAAAAAACAAAACACAGGGAUAAGUAGCAGGCUUGACCAUGAAUAGUGAAAAUCUGCAAACUGACGCCUACUAUUGUAGCAAUAUCAAUAAAAAAAACAAAAAAAAUGUUUGCUCUUUGUCUGUGGAGAUUCACUCAGUUCGGUCGCAGUAACCCACAAAGACAGGAAUGUAGCAACUGAAUAUUGUUGAAUUUUUAUUAUUUUUCCUGAAAUUGUUCAAAAAUGACACAGGCAACCGUGCUAUUAGACUAAUGAAAGGGUGGCUUUCACUGAGCUAAAAAUACAAAAAGACUGGAUGGCUCGUUGGCCAC